GACGUGCGUAUUUGCGACGGAGUUGAGCGAAGUCAACUAGUCAAGUCGAAUCGAGUCGAGCGUGUCGUGGAGUACUGUGGUCCCUUUUUCCCCAGUUGUUGCUCACGGAUUUUUUGGACAGCCUUUCCACGCCCGUGCGUGUACGUGUGAGAUCGAUUUAGGUCUACGCCAAGGGCCGAGGACGAUUCAUGAACGCGGCGACGAUAACGCCGGAUUCGCCGCUGCAAUCUCGAUAUAACGACAUUUCCGGAAGGCGAAUCAACGUCCGCUCGCGGAAUUUUUGGCACUGACGGCACGUCGUUCAAAAGAACCUAUCUUCUGUAAUAAUCUAUAUUUAAACAUGUCAGAAGAACAUCAGUUGCCUUCUGAUUCAGAUGAAGAUGAUGAAGAUUAUGUUCCUGAUGGUGCUGACAGUGAUCCAGUAUCUGAAGUAGAAUCUGAAGGUGAUAUUGAGAGUGGUCCAGAAGAUGAAAACGAUGAAAACAAAAGAGAAACCAGAAAGAAAGAGAAAGAAAGUAAAGAGGAAGAAGAAUGUAAAGAGAAAAAAGAACUCACUGAAGAAGAAGAAAAAAAGAGAGCAGAUUCUCUUUGGGCUGAUUUUAUGAAGGAUACAGCUGUUGUAUCAAAGUCCAAGCCACAGAAUUCAAUCAGUAGAUCGAAUGACAAAUCAGCACCGAUCCAGAAGCCGAAAGUCCAAGAAAAAGUUAAGAUAACUAAGGUUUUUGAAUUUGCGGGUGAAGAAGUAAAGGUCGAGAAGGAAGUAUCUGUUGAUUCAGCAGAGGCCCGAUUAUCUCUUUCAACGGCCGAAAAUUCCACCACGAAGCCAUCAGAAUCCACAUCUCCCGCGAUCAAAGAACGCGGACGAGGUGGUAUCAGGCGCGUCGGAUUAGGCGGCAUCUCUUCGGUUCUAGGACAAAUUGGAAAAAAGGCUAAAAUUAGUACAUUAGAAAAGUCUAAAUUAGAUUGGGACAACUUUAAGAAACAAGAAAACAUUGAGGAAGAACUUAAUACUCAUAACAAAGGCAAGGAUGGAUAUUUAGAACGGCAAGAUUUUCUGCAAAGAGCAGAUCUACGGCAAUUUGAAAUCGAAAAACAAUUACGAAAUACUAGUAGACGUAGUACGCGGUAAAUUUGCAUUUCCUCGUUUAUAUAUCUCUUCGAGAUGAGACAUGGAGAUAAUAAUAUCAUGGUAGAAGAUAUUUACUCGCCAAUUUGCCAAACUCGAACGCUUAUUGCACACGUUUAGCCUAAUUCAUUCGAGUUUUGCGCUUUUGAGUAAUGUGAGUAAAAGGAGCGUUGCCUCGUUUGACUCGAUAACGUGCUGACUAUGAUAGCGAUCGGUGUUUUUUUUUUAGGGACCGAUCAUUCCAGUGUUUUGAGACUCAUUUCUCAUGCGUACGUAAUAUACAUAAUAGCUUAAUUUACUCUCAGCGAGCCUUCGUCUCGGCCUGAUAAUUGCACAGAACUUCGCAUCGAAGCAAAUUGUUUGAAGCUUUUGACGCUUCUUGAAAAGAUUGUGCCCAUGUAGAAUAUAUCCAUAAAAUAUUUUUUUAUUUCAUUUCACUAGAACGCGAUACGUUUGCGUGUAUGAAUAUACGCGACAUUCUAAUAAUAAUGAUUAGUCGAACGUUACGAGUGAGUAUGAAGGAAUAUAUGUUUUAGGUAAUAUAACAAAAUGAUAACAUAAUGACAUUAAUUGACCUCAUUCAUGACCACUGCCUUUGGCAAUUGUAUGUGGAAUAUUUAUAAAUGGACCUCUCAUAAUAGAUAGUACAUAGAUUAUGUUGAAACAGUUGUGGCGAAUUUUGUAUAUCAUCUUUGUCUCAAAUUGUUAUAUAGGAAGAUAGUUCAACACAUAUAAAACACAGACAUUGUUACUUUUGUGUAAUGUAUAUUAGACAACAAUAGGUUUAUCCUUUUUCCAUAUCUCAGGAUUAAACUUCUUAUAUGUUCAUUUUUCUUUUUCUUUUCAGAAAAAAAAAUAAAAGAUGUGAUGAAUUAUGCAAGAAGUGCAAUGAAGUUUUGAGGUAUAGAAAAAGAACAAGCCUAAUAUAUUGAAACAUAACAUAUACAUAUACUCAAUACCCAAUUAACAAUUCUCGAUUCAGCUCAGGUUAUUUCCUCGAAUUUACAUUUUAAUGUAUUCGCGAAAUACAUUUUAAUGUAAUUCCAUACAAGGACUGCUUUGUGAAUUCUUUUGAGAAUUCUUUAAUAAUAUUGUCGAAUAAAUUGUCGAAAGGAGAAA